GUCCAUGUUUCAACAGCCGGGAGGAUUUUGGACAGGUGUUAUACCCACAAUUCUUGCCCCAAACUAAUAUCAUCCGCCCAGUCGCUCCAACAAAUCUAAUCGGAGAGAUGGACAAAGCUGGCCCGUCCCGAUCCAGAAGGAGUCGGUCCCGGAGGUCGCGCACGCAGAUCACGCCUGAUGGCGAUGUGCGACCAGUCCAUAGCAGGGAUGAGGAUUGGGAUGUACCCCAGGCACAAAAGAAGUUGAAGGGAAAAGCUAUUCAACCUGAAGGGUCCAGGAGGUCAGCGUUUCAAAGGCUUGGCCAUGAAGGCAGAAAUCAAAACCGACCUACCAAAGAACGACUAGGAGUGGAGACAACCCCGUUGAGUGCUUUUAAUCGCCUGGGUAGAGGGGCCGAGCGACCUGGUCGGACCGGGCGCACGGAACCUCCCCAUCGCGAAGAGCCCCAACAUAGUCGGGCGCCCCAUGGAGAAGAAGAAGCGGAAAGCCAUCCUAGGCACACAAUCCGCUCCCAUGUUGAACAACCCCGGGAUCGUGUGGGCCGGGUCGAAGCACGUUUGGAAAAGUUGCAGCGCCGGGUGGAUCGGGAUGAAAAGAAGAAAAUCCUGCUGAACGAAUCUCCGUUCACAGACCGGGUUCACGAGACCCCAUUUCCAAAGAAAGCAAAGUUGGAGGUCCCGAAGUUUACUGGGAAGGAGGACCCGGAAAUACAUGUCAAGACCCUUCAUCAAAGUGGAAGGAUGAUGGGCCUUUCCGGGGAUGAAAAAUGUUUACUUUUUUCCAAACCCUCCGCGGCCGAGCCGCUGAGUGGUUUCAUAACUUACCGGCCGUCAUACCAAGAGGCCUACAACACGGCCUGGGAUUAUGCUGACGCCGAAGCACAGGUGUCAUCUAAGAGGGAGGCCGAGCAGGGCCAUUCCAAAGGAAAAGUUUCCUUGAAAAAGGAAAUUGAACAGCCCGGGAGGGCAAAGGCAGCAGUCAUGGAAGUUAAACCAGUCAAAUCAGAAAAGAACCCGACCGGCGAGAAACAAUGGACGGAGAAGUAUUGCUCCUUCCACAAAACUGAUUCCCAUAACACUGCGGAGUGUAACAGUGUGAAGGGAGUAAUUAAGCAGAUGAUCGAGGCCGGGGAGAUCGAUCCUGAGUAUCUAGCUCAGGCCAAGCAAAAGAAAAACCAAUGGAUCAGGCCUGAAGGAAAGCCGGUCGAACAGAAUAAGAAGAAGAAAGCGCCCGGCCAGCCUGGAAUAAACAAGGUCCGUGGAGUCAUCUCCAUGGCCCAUCUCUGUAUGAAGUUCUAUACCCCGGGCGGUAUAGGACAAGUCAGAGGAGAUCAAAAGAAGGCCCGACAUUGCUAUUUGGAAGCUGUAAAGAAAAUGACGAAGGCUUUUGAGAGAGUCACUUUGGUCUCUCAGGAGGAAGACCGGUCAAAGCUAGAGCCGGGUGAUGAAACCGAGCAGAUCGUUCUCCGGGAGGCCUUCCCGGAAAGAAUGGUGCGAAUAGAGUAUGAGGCACUGGCCGGAUGCCUCAGACUAGCCCAGGCACUCGGAAUAAAGAGAAUGAGAAUUCGUUCCGACUCAAGUCUUGUAGUUGGACAGAUCAAUGGCGAGAUGGAGGUCAAAGAGGAGCGUCUGGCCCGGUACGGUGACCUGGUCCGAGCACUUCUGAGGGAAUUGGAAGAAUUUCGUCUGACUAGGAUACCCGAGUCGGAGAACACAGACGCUGAUAUGCUUUCGAAGUUAAUGCAAUCAUGCCCGGAGCAUGUGUCGAAGUUGGCUAAAAUUGAGAGUUUAGAUCAACCAAGUACUGAUCGGUUUGAAGUCGCGGCUAUCCAACCGGGCCAGAAUUCGGCAACCGGGAUAAUCGGAACAGAUGAUGACUGGAGAUACGAUCUCAUGGAAUAUUUGGAGACCGGUCAGAAACCGGAUGAUGAGGAGCGGGCCAGGAAGGUGGUCCUGCGGGCUCCCCGUUUUCAGGUAAUCGAUGGUCACUUGUACAAACGUGCCAUUGGUGGACCUCUCCUACGUUGCCUUACCAACCCGGAGGCUGAACGGGGAAAUGGCCAAGUUGAAAAUGCUAACUGGACGAUAGUGGACGGCCUAAAGAAGAGGUUGGGUGAAGAAGGCCAUAAAUGGUUGGAAGCUUUGCCUCACACAGUCUGGGCGCAUAGAGUGACUUCAAGAAGGGCAACCGGAGAAACUCCAUUUGUGCUCACUUACGGAUGUGAAGCCCGGUUUCCAGUUGAAGCAGAAAUUCCAACAUUUAGAGAAACCGUGUACCAGCCCGGUCAGAACGAGGUCGACCACCUAGCUGAGUUAAAUUUGGUGGAAGAAUGAAGGACCCUAGCAGCUGUCGAGAUGGCCGGUUACCAGCAGUCAGUAAAGAGAUAUCACGACAACCGGGUGGGCCCACGGUACUUCCAAGUGCAUGAUGAGGUCUUGCGCAGACGGGAUGCUAGUAAACCUAACGAGAGAGGCAAGUUGGUGCGAAAUUGGGAAGGACCCUAUCGCAUAAAGGCGAUCAUCCGGCCGGGCACUUACCAACUAAAGACUAUGGAAGGUGGCCGGGUUGACCGACAUUGGAACUCUCAUCACUUACGUAAAUUCUUUAGAUAAAUUGUAAUGAGUUCCCUAGGUGUUAAUAAAACUUUGUUCUUUUC